GAUUUAGAAUGGACCAUUAUCAUACCCCUGAAUCGAAACGGGCAGCGGGAAAAAAACAUGUAAUCUAUGCACUUAAAUAGCGAAUGGAGGACGCUUUUCCCCGUGGUUUAUUUUCAUGCCAGCCAGCCUGACGGAUCACCAAGGACCCCAGCUGUGUUUGGGGCCAUCCUCGCCUACAUCAGGGAAACCUUUGAGGUCCUGGGGGGUCGACCUGCUAGACAGAAAGGAGGCUCAUUCUGUAGAUUCUUCGGGGACCCUAGAGAACGUGGUGGAGCAGUUGGCUCGUUUCCGUAGCGACGUGCGGGCCUUCGCUUUGUCCGUGGAAGACACGCCCCCUGGAGAGCCCGUCCCUGCCAGUCAAAGACCACGCUCAGAAAGGUUACCCCUACUCAAGGCCUGCGACACCCUGCGGAAAGACCUUGCACCUUUGGGAGUGCACAUAAGGGACAGAGGCCCCAACUCCACGUGGGAGAUUUCUCAGAAGAGGUCAGCUGGCCAGGACAAGGAAAAGUAGAACAGAAUUGCGAACAGAAUGUGCUUAGAUUUCGAAUUUUGUAUGUCCUGGUUUGGAUGAAGAUUGAGGACUACCACAAAGACUGAGAGACAUGGAAUUGUCGGUUGGAGCUGCUAUUAUGUUGUUGACGAUUUACUCAAGACUUUGGAAGGAUUGGUAUAAUGGAGUUUCAGUCAUAGGGCAGGUUGGACUAUGACACUGGCAAUGGAUAUGAUACGAUCACAUUGUUUUCUUAAAUGGACAUUCAAGUCAUCAUAAAUGAUACUGAGGUCUGCAGAAAGUUCUUGAUAGAAUUGUGUGUUAACUAUUGUGUUCAUGUAAAAUAUUUUUCACCUUAAGCUAUUUGAUUCAAAGUACAAUGUAUUUCAGGGGAAUGACUAUCAAAUAUGUACAUAUUUUUAAAUCAGAAUUGUCACAUUAUUCCUGUGCAAAAUGCCAUUUAAAUUAUUACACACAAAAUAUAUAUAUAAACGCAACAUGUAAAGUGUUGGUCCCAUGUUUCAUGAGCUGAAGAAGAAAAUUCAAGA